CCUGCCUGCCAGCCCGGCCGCCCGCCCGCCAGCCGCCCGCCUGCAGCCCGCUGCUCUUUUCAGGCGCGCCUUGGGCCUCCGGAGCAGCUUUGCCUGGCCUGGCCGAGGCGCCUUGGGGACGUCCACGCUUGUUCAGUACAUUCGAAGUUACGGAGAGGUAGGAGAUCCAACUCGCCCAGCCUAACUUCCAGCCCCCCUCCCCCAAGCAAACAGAGGCUCCGGGGACACUUGAACCAAGAGCCCCCGCAGCCCGGGAGGGACCAGCAGCCCAAGGUCCAGGCAGAGUGGGCAGAGCCUUUCAGAUACUGGUGGAAGGGCUGGCCAGCAGUGCUCCCCCCCCCCAGUUGGCCCCCACCAGGGUCCUUAGCACAGGGGCUCCCGAGGGACCGGCUUAGCUUUCCCACCAGGCCCCAGCUGCUCCCGCCAAGCCUCCCUCCUGCCAUGAAGCGCUCCCCUAGGCUGCCACCGCCCGUGAGGCCCACUCCCUCACCCCCAGUAUCAGGAGCCCGUAGGAGGCGGGUUCGAUGCCGCAAGUGUGAGGCCUGCGUGCAGGGAGAGUGUGGUGUGUGCAGAUACUGCCGGGACAUGAAGAAAUUUGGGGGGCCUGGCCGCAUGAAGCAGUCCUGUGUUCUCCGCCAGUGUUUGGCCCCCCGACUGCCCUACUCUGUCACUUGUUCUCUAUGUGGCGAGGUGGAUCAAAAUGAGGAGACGCAGGACUUUGAGAAGAAACUAAUGGAGUGUUGUAUCUGCAAUGAGGUUGUUCACCCUGGUUGCCUACAGAUGGAUGGGGAAGGACUGCUUAAUGAUGAACUGCCAAAUUGCUGGGAGUGCCCAAAGUGCUACCAACCGGAUAACCCGGAGAAGGUACAAAGGCGGAAAAUGGAUGAUAGCGAUGAGGGUGUGGUCCAAGCCAAAGUCCUUCGGCCUCUUCGGAGCCGUGAGGAACCACUCAUUCAGCAGCCUCCUCACUCGUCCACUACCAUGUUGCAGCUCAUCCAUGACCCAGGACCCCCUCGUGGUGGAAUGGUGACCAGAUCAUCCCCAGGAGCUGGCCCUAGUGACCACCACAGUGCCAGCCGUGAUGAACGUUUCAAAAGAAGGCAACUCCGACUCCAGGCCACCCAGAGAGAAAAGGAGAACAAUCCCAGUGGCAAGAAGGAGCUGUCUGAAGUGGACAAGGUCAGAAUUCGUGGGACAUAUCUAAUGGUCACACCACAGAGGCCCAAUAAAGAGCUUCAGGGAACUUCCAUUGUGCCCAAGCUACAGGCCAUCACAGCUUCCUCUACCAACCUCCAUCAUUCUCCCCGAGUACUUGUACAACACUGUCCAGCUCUAACUCCCCAGCUGAGGGAUGAAGAUGACCUGGGCAGAGAACAGGACUUUGAUGACGAUGAUGAUGAUGAUGAUGAUGACGACGAUGACGACGAUGACGAUGAUGACGACGACAGUGGAGAGGAGGAGGACGAGAGUGGAGAGGAGGAGGAGGACAGUGCAGAGGAGGAGGGUGAGGCAGCCGCAAUGAGCCAGGGCAGCUGGACUCAGGAUGAGGAUGAAAGCUGGAUGCAGAGGGAGAUCUGGCUGUCUGUCUUCCGUUAUCUCAACCGUAGAGAACUUUGUGAAUGUAUGAGAGUAUGUAAGACAUGGUAUAAAUGGUGCUGUGACAAGAGACUCUGGACAAAAAUUGACUUGAGCAGGUGUAAGGCCAUUGUCCCACAGGCACUGAGUGGUAUUAUCAAGAGGCAGCCAGUGAGCCUUGACCUCAGUUGGACCAACAUCUCCAAAAAGCAGCUGACAUGGCUUGUCAAUAGGCUUCCGGGCCUAAAGGAUCUCCUCCUAGCAGGCUGUUCCUGGUCAGCAGUGUCUGCUCUCAGCACCUCAAGCUGCCCCCUUCUUAGGACCCUUGACCUUCGGUGGGCAGUGGGAAUCAAAGACCCUCAGAUUCGAGACUUGUUGACCCCACCAACUGAUAAGCCUGGUCAUGACAAUCGCAGCAAGCUCCGAAACAUGACAGAUUUUCGGCUGGCUGGCCUAGAUAUCACUGAUGCCACGCUUCGCCUAAUCAUCCGACACAUGCCCCUUCUGUCUCGGCUUGACCUCAGCCACUGCAGCUACCUUACAGAUCAGUCACCAAAUCUACUAACAGCAGUUGGCUCUUCCACACGCAACUCCCUCACAGAAAUCAAUAUGGCAGGUUGCAAUAAGUUGACAGACCAGUCUCUGUUUUAUCUACGGCGCAUCUCCAAUGUCACCUUGAUUGACCUUCGAGGCUGCAAGCAGAUCACUCGGAAGGCUUGUGAGCAUUUCAUCUCGGACCUGUCUAUCAACAACCUCUACUGCCUGUCUGAUGAGAAGUUGAUCCAGAAGAUCAGCUAAAACCCAUCCAAUCAAAGACUGAAAAGGAAACAUCCUUUUCCCUGCUCCCCCACAGAGGAGAGCUUCCCUCCCCUAUUCUGCAUGGGCUUCAAGGCCAGCAUCACACUCCCUCUACCUUUCCAUCCCUGUCCCCUCCCACUAUAGCAGGAUUGGGGUAGAGAGGGUAUUCCUGCUAUUAUGACCUACUCUUGACUGAGCACAAGGAUGACCUGCCUGCUCCUUUCUCUCCCUCAUUCCCUUCCUCCUUCCUUCCCUCCCUCUAAAGAAUAAGGGAUAAAAAAUCACAGGAGGUGCCCACUUGGAGACCAAGCUCAUAGUUUGGGGGUGCUGUGCCAACUUAAUCUAUAUAGAAUCCCCACCCAUUAGGCCACCCCCCAUCUCUUGGUAGGGCCUGGACCUGAGUACUGGGAAAAUUAGAAGGUUGGGCUGCUACAGAGAACGUAGCCUUGUCUCAAUAGUUAAGACUUUUCCUUGGGUGUUCAGUGAGUGUCUCUGCUCCAUCAUAUCCCUCCCAGUUAUGUAGAUGGGUGGCAUUGGCCAGAUUGAGACUAGACCCUGCAAAUCAAACUGGUGCUGUUGAAUUUCCAGAAACCUCCUACAUGUCUGUCCUUACCCCCUGCAGCUUGACACUGUCCAAACACAGUUUCCCUAUUUAAAAAAAAAAACAAAAGCAAAAAAAAAAUAAAAACAAAAAAAAACAAAACAAAAAAACCACUUGGGGGAACUUUUUGGGGGGGACUUUAAGAAUGAAAAAAUGAUGAAAGAGUUGGAAUAGAUGACUGCUAAGGUCCUGGCCAGCUCUAAAUUCCUGACCCAAUUCAUUGGCAGCAUGGAGUAUUGGACAGAGUGUUGGAUUUGGGAGUUAGGACAGCCUGGAUCAAGUCCUAGGUCUGCUCCUUCCUUCCCUUACUAUUGAUGUGACUUUAACAAAGUCACUUCUCUUUUGGCCUCAGUUUCUUGAUUUGUAAAAUGAUGGGGUUGUGCUAGACGAUCUGGUCUUGCUCUGAUUUCUUUGAUUCUGUACCUCUAAGAAAGGGUAUUCUCCCAACUGUAUUCUUUUCUGUGCCCCAUGUCAACCCUAUGCUUGACUGCCAAGGGCCAGGUGGGUGCCACAAGUGGGGGCUUGAGGGAGGCCUGAGGGCCAUUAGGCACUUGGAGGCCUGGGGAGAGAGGUAUUAAGAGAUAGCAGGAGGAUUAGAGAAGAGGAGUUGGGAGGAUGCCAAAGAGAAACUUUGCCCAUUUAAGAUUUUUGCUUACAGCUGGCUCUAGGCCCAGGAAAUGGGGAGGAAACCCUUCCUCCUCCAUCCUUUGCUCCUAAGACUCAGAACUCUGGCUAGUACGAUUAGUACUAUAGCUCAUCUGCUUACUUCAACACUUCAAAGAACUGUGAUUUUGUCGUUGUGAGCCCUCCCUUCACCAACACUUAUUGCAUCCUCUCUACGACUUAAUUAAUAGUGUUUGAAACUUUUUGUUGUCAAAAAAUUCAUCAGCCUGAAUCCAACCUGGUAGUGAGCGUCUCUGAACUUAACUGAGCUGGUCUUUGAGUAACAGACUUGUAAUCUCUCAUGAGGACCAUACUCAAGGCCUAACCAGCUUGGUAGGACUUUAAAAACUUUGCAUUUGACUGACGUGGUCUUUGAGAAUCCAGGAUCAACCCCACAUUUGUGAUGAGACGUUGGAGUAGGACAUUAGCAAAGGUUCAGCUAUGAUAUGAUUUAAACAGCCUUGUGGGUCUAGCCUGAGGAGGACCUUGCCAUCAUUUUUACCAUUGUUUCUAUGGGAAAAUGCGUUUUGAGUUUCAAACGGUUGCUUUACAAAUAAAUAUUUGGAACACAACCCAUUCAUAAGCUGAAAAUUUCCUGUACUUGUGAUAAUUGCUGUAUUUGGUCAUCUGAAAUAUAUUCCUAGCCAUCCCUGCCUCUCCCCAAUAAUUCUGAGCCUGGGGAGAUGGGGCUGGACAAUGGAAGUUAUUUUUGCUGCUGUUCUGUAUGUGACUGCCCCAUCCCAUACAGUUGGUUGGUUGGUUUGUUCAUUUGUUUUCUUGUAGAUGUUUGAUUCAGUAGCUCCAUGAAGACCAACCAUAAGUUUUAUAGCACUUACCUAAGCCAGCAGAUCAUGGUUACUGCCACAUAGAGCUGCCCAGAGCUAACAGUUAUCUGAAAACUAGCUCUGUCCUUUGGUGGCUGCUUUUAUUUAAAUCAUUUGGGCCCCUCUGUUGUCAGUCUUGCCUCCUAAGGGGCAUCAGAGUUUCAGUUGUGGAUUGAGUGACAAUGGGCUGGCUGUAUUGUAGUCACAGGAUAAUAGAACAAUUUGAGUUAGAAGAAACCUAAGAAUUCCUUGUACAAUAUUCCCUUUGCUUGAAGACCUAAUGCCUCUUCCCCGUGAUUGUUUGCCCAGUACCUGAAGAUGGUUAUUGUGUCUUGUCCCUCCCAGUCUCCUCUUGUACUGGUUAAACAUCUCCAUAACCCCGUCCCCCUACGUCCCCCCCAAGCCCUGGCCACUGUGCCUCUCUUAACAUAGCCAAAGGUUGCAUUGCACUUGACUCAGAUUGCAGCCCACCCAAAUCUCCAGAUCUUUUUCAGACAAACCCCUCACCAUGCUUACUCCCAUCUUGUACUUGGGAAGCUUACUUUUGGAGCCCAAGUACAUUUUUUUAUUUAAUCCUAUUUAACCUCACUUUAUGAGAUUUGGCCACGGUUCUAUCAUUCCAUAUGCUAGCCAUCCCUCCCAGCUUUGAGUUGUGCAAAUUUGAUAAGGACAACAACUCUGCCUUUAUUUCAGUUAUUAAAAAACCCCCAUUAAACAGAAGAACAGAGCCAAGUACAGGUCCCUGGGUCACACCACAAAAGAUUUCCUUCCAACAGGACAUCAGACCAGGAAUAGCUGUUCUUUGAGUCCAGCCAUUCAAUCAUUCUGAAACUACCUAAGCAUAUUGCCUAGCCCAUAUCUCGAAUUUAUCUACGAAAAUAGCAUGAGAAACUGUAAGGCUUUGCUAAAAUCUAGGCAAACUGUACCUACAGCAUUCCUCUGAUAUUACAGCCUAAUAAAUUCUAGAAAAAUGUAGAUGUCACCCCAAACCCCAAAUCUAGAUGUCUCCAGUUAAGUCAUUCCAAGAUAUGCCUAGAGUUAAGAUGCCCCUGAAAUACCUUGGAAUCCCUGAUAGAGGAGGAAGAAUUGUUCUCCCUUUAGUGGAUUUGGGGCUGUGGUUGAAGGGGACCCCCCCCACAAACACAAAUACUUCUCCUCUCAUGGUCUAUACCAGCCAUGUCAAAUUCAGUUAGAAACAGAAGCCCAUUUUACUGUAUGGUCAGUAUAUUGACUUAUAAAAACACAUUAUGUUAUAUUAUUAUGUUUUAAAAUUUAUUUUGUUAAAUAUUUUUCAUAUUAAAAUGAUUUACAAUGAAGAGUAUUCCCCAGCCUGCCUGUUUGACACCCCCUAGCCUGUAAUACCUACAGGGACCCUACAAAAGCAUUUUACUCCCUCUUUAUUUUGGCCCUUCCACCCCUCCUCCAAACCACAGAGAAGAUCAUUGCAAGGUCCUGAGUUCAUUUUCUUAGUUAUUUGGGAUCAAAUUACCCUUAAGCAUUUUCUCCUUAAACCUCUGUGUGUUGCUUGUGAUCAAAUCUUGACUAGUCUAGGGGAAGCAGUUUCAAUGAGUGCUUAAUUCCAGUACAAUUAGGACCUCCAGAGUCCCAGAAACAUCCCAUUUUGCUGUAUUCCUACUCUUUUGAGAUUGGGUUUUUUUUUCCAUUAAUUAUUGUAUUUGAGUGUGGGGAAUUGAUUCUUUAUUGCUGGUGGAAAUGGUGUGUAUUAAUGGUUCACAAAUUUUUUUAAAUAUGAGGAUUUCUUUUUAUGGUCAAAGCAUUUCAUGAACUUCUAUUCUAGCUGUAUUAUUAAUGAUGAUUGAGAAAAUACAUGAUGAAAAAAGCUAUUGAAAAUUCAGUAAUGCUUCUAAAUAAAUUUUCAUUUUAUUUAUCACAACAGCAUCUACAGCUAGAUUAUUGAAAAAUAACACACGCGUUCAAGAAAUAUUAUUUGUUAGUCUUUAUUAGAGAUAUUGAGUAUUGUGUUGGACCUAAGGGCACACAUGACAGGCCUUGGUGGCAUAUGGAUUCUUGAGUUCUUGGUGAGAACCCCACAAUCCCCCUAAGGUAGCUCAGCUUAUUACUGCUGCAUAUUUUUUUAUAAUUUUAACAUUAUAGACUUGCAAUAGAGUUAUUGAAAUAAAAAAAUGCAGAAAAUAUCCCUCAAACUAUAGCAGUUACAGGACCGGUCAGGGAGAACAUCCCCAGCUUCUGAGAUAGACUACUAGGGAGGCUGAUGGACAACCCUAGGAAUAAGGAUGAGACUACAAAACAUGGGAGAUUCACCUGGUCACUCACCUCAGCUCUGCACAUGAAAGUCAGGAACUUUGUAGAAUGAGAGAGAGAGAGAGAGAGACAGAGAGAGAGACAGAGAAUGAAAGUUAGAGAGAGAGACAGAGAAUGAAAGUUAGAGAGAGAGACAGAGAGAGGGAGAGAGAGAGUUAGAGAGACACAGAGAUAGAGUUAGAGAGAGUGAGUGAGUUAGAGAGAGAGAGUUAGAGAGAGAGUGAGAGUUAGAGAGAGAGUUAGAGAGACACAGAGAGAGAGAGAGUGAGAGAGUGAGAGUUAGAGAGAGAGAGAGUGAGAGAGAGAGUUAGAGAGAGAGUGAGAGUUAGAGAGAGAGACAGAGAGAGGGAGAGAGAGAGUUAGAGAGUGAGAGUUAGUGAGUGAGUUAGAGAGAGAGACAGAGAGAGAGUUAGAGAGAGAGUGAGAGUUAGAGAGAGUGAGUGAGAGAGAGAGAAAGAGACAGAGAGAGAGAGUUAGAGAGAGAGUGAGAGUUAGAGAGAGAGAGAGUGAGUGAGAGUUAGAGAGAGAGAAAGAGACAGAGAGAGGGAGAGUGAGAGUUAGAGAGAGUGAGUGAGUUAGAGAGAGAGAGAGAGAGUGAGAGAGAGAGAGAAAGAGACAGAGAGAGAGACAGAGAGAGAGACAGAGAGAGGGAGAGAGAGAGUUAGAGAGAGUGAGAGAGUGAGAGUUAGAGAGAGUGAGUGAGAGUUAGAGAGAGAGUGAGAGAGAGAGAGAGAGAGAGAGAGAGAGAGAGAGAGAGAGAGAGAGAGAGAGAGAGAGAGAGUGUGUGUGUGUGUGUGUGUUUGUGU